AUGGGAAGGUCCGCGCCACCAACCAAUGCGCCCCAUAGAGUUGUAAGGGUUGCUGCAAAUGCUGAUAUCCAAUCUGCGCCUAAGAAACCUCAAGCCAAUGGUGUACUCAAGGCGUUGGCUUCUAAUUCGAAUGGCAUGCCUAUAGCACAAGAACACAACAACUAUUCCAAUGAAGAAAUCGAAUGUAAAUCGGUAUAUAUUGGAGGCUUGCCAACCAACACAACCAGUAGUGAGCUCUACUCGAUUGUUAAACAAUUUGGACCAGUUCACAGUCGUGACGUUCAACUCAAAACUUAUGAGGAGGACGGAUAUUGUUGUGGUUUCGUGCAUUUUCAAGAUGAUGUGUCUGCUCGUAAUGCAGUUCAGACGCAUCAUAUAAUUGUGAGGGGAAGAGAAGCUUAUAUAAGAUUCAAGCGAAUCAAAGGGCGCGGUGAGAGGGGAAACUCUCCAUCGGGUAGAGGUGGAUUUCGCGAUGGUUAUGACUCGCGAAGUCGGCCUCAAAGUUCCGAGGGACGAAAGGGAGAAGGUUACCAGCAGAACUACAGAAGGAGGGAUUAGUGAGGUGGUGCUAAAAAUUGUAGCACCAACUUAUACUUAGUGUUGUAGCCUUGUUUGUAGGCUUACAUGUUGUAUCAAACUUUGUUUUGGUUUUCAACUUCAUUUUGAAGUUAACAAUAUUGGGUUUUGGAUUGAAAAACUAGAAAACUAUACUCCAGCAAAUUUUCUCCC